GGAGAGGCGAGGCGAGGCGGAGAGCGCGAGCAGCGGCCACUGCCACGUCUUCCCGGCAGUGGCGGCGGAGGUUGCUCCCCGGCAGGAAUAACUCAAGUCACCUUUAUUGGAAAUAAAUUUGCUGAAAUUAUUGAAACAGCGGUUCUUGAAUUUGAAGAAAAGGAACCCUAGCUCUGGGCUGAUCUGCCAGGAAGUUAUAAUGGAAAUUUGUCUUUGUUAUAUCCUUGCCCAGUGUCUAUCCCCGUUUGUCCUUGUGUUUAGAGACUACUCCACCUGCUGUAAGUCUUAAAAGGAGGUUCCCUGCCUUGACUAGAGGAGUGUGCUCCUUCCUUCAAGCCCCUCUGGAUACGUCCUCUGAGGAUCCACCAGGAAAGAUGCGGCAGCUCAAAGGAAAACCCAAGAAGGAGACGUCAAAGGAUAAGAAGGAGCGGAAGCAGGCCAUGCAGGAGGCUCGGCAGCAGAUCACCACGGUGGUGCUGCCCACACUGGCUGUGGUGGUGCUGCUGAUCGUUGUGUUCGUGUAUGUGGCGACACGCCCCACCAUCACAGAGUGAGCCCUAGACUCCUCAGGAGGGGAAGGGGAAGCAAAGGAAAAAUGGCUUUCAUAUGCAGAGAUGUUCUUGAUGCUGAGCUCUGAGCAGGAGCACUCCUGUCUUCUCUGGUCUUCAACUUGAUUAAAGUUUCUCCACUUUUCUUGGGAGGGAAGAGGGAACUUUUUAUCAGUGAACGUGCCAUACACCUUAUGGUCCACUUCAUGUGCCUUUCAGACUUCAAAGCUGUGUGUGUGUGUGUGUGUGUGUGUGUCCGUCCGUGUGUCCGUGUGUCCAUGUGUCCAUGUCCGUGUCCGUGUCCGUGUGUCCCCGUGUCUGUCCUAAAAUCGGUAUGUAGCUCUUCCUGGUGAGAGGAGGCCUCUCUAGGUCAUGAAGCAGUUGGAAGUAAUGCUCCCCUCAUCCCCAUUGUCUGGAACAUGACUCUCCUCUACUUGUUCACAAUUUCCAAAGGGACUAUAUUUCUUUUCUGCUUAAUGUGAUUUGAAAUAUGUUGAUUCAAAGUGAAAUAUUUAUUUUUUGAAUAAAGGAUAUACUGGUCUUAAA